GAGUGGCCGAGAGCUGGACAUGACGCUGCUAGUGACCAGGAUCAUGUCUCUCCGUCAAAUGUGCCUGCACAGUGUUCCGGUAUGAAGAGCCUUUGCGGCUACGCACCUUCACUAUCUUCACUUUCCUCUCCCCAUGAGAAUGGAGCGCAGAUGGCGAAUAAGUUCAAGAGCACGGCUGAUCUUGACAGCUUGAGUCGCCAAUUGGCGGAGCAAGAAGCAUCACCUGGUUCUAGGCCGUCUCAAGCACGGGACGGCAACCGCAAAGUACCAGAAAAGUCUUUUCUGAAGUUUGUCCGUGAUCCAAGGCAAAGAGCAGUUCCCUCAAGGCGUGAGGAGAAGCAAGGAGAACUGCCUGGAAAUUGGAACUCGGUCACUUCUGUGGAUAGCCUGCAGCUGAAUAGCAGGUGCAAACCUGCUACAGUGAGGUGUGCUGCAAGUGGUCAAGCUCAGCUUCCAGAUAGUUUGUCACAAGCAGGCGCAGGCAGCAGCAACAUAAUAAGCCGAAGAGGUGUUAGCACCAGCCAGAAUGCUGGCACAGUGUUGGGCCCUGAGUCUGAGGCUGCGCGGCCAGGGGGCAGCCGCAGCCGACACCUUGAAGCAGAUCCUCUUGAGGGCUUCCGGCGCAACGGUCGUACCAAAACCAGGCAAGAGGUCAGUGAACAGCCCAACUUAGCUAGCGCAGAGAGGGACAGUCCAGAUGAGGAAGCUCGUCACAGUGCUGCCUUUGCAAAUCAGUCCCCCUCAUCCACAGGCAGCCUGGCAACUGAAGCACGGCAGCACCGGAUGAUGGGAAGAAAGCCGCAAACACGGUUGACGUUUGGGAGAAGUGAUGGGGUUGAAGCUUGUGACAAGAAGUAUGAGAAUCAGCUGGAACGCUUUUUGGGAGCCUUGAUGCAAGCAGAUCACAGGUUGAUUGGGGCUGAUGCCGGACAUAGAAUCCAAAUUGCCGAUUGCAGUUUGGACCUGGAAGGAGAACUUGGGGUGGGCGAAUUCAUCGAGUAUGUUCAUGGACGACUUGAUGCAGUUUUAUUUCAAAGAGACCGAUGGGAGAAUCGCUUCAAGGAAUUGGAAGCAUUUGUCGAGGAGAACAGGAGGCUUCCUCGACAGCGGGGAGCUGGUUGCGAUCGUGCUGAGGUAGGGCUGUCGAUUUGGUUGAAAAACCAAGGUAAGACCGCCACCUCACAGCAAAUGCCAGCCCACCGACUUGAAAGACUUUUGACUGCAAGGUUUGAUCUUAUCCGCAGGCGUGUCGAAGGCUGGAUGACUCGUGACAUUGAUGGCCGCUUCCAGCAGAAAUGCCGAGAGCUGAAGGAGUACAUAGGGAUGAAUGGCAAGCUUCCAACCAAGAGGCGCAAGUCUUCCAGCAAUUGGGUGGGGAGGUGGUUUGCGGAUCUUCGAGCCAAGGGAUCGUAUGAUGCCAAGCCUGAGAGGAGGAAGAUGCUGGAGGAAGUGGAUCCUUUAGUGAAAGAGCUCCUCCAGAAAUGGGACCAUGCCCCUUUCAAGAUCAACAGGGCACGAUGGGAAAAACAGUUGGAGAAAGUCCUCCACAUCGUGAAGAAGCGUGAGCGGCUCCCGAAAGCCAAGACUGAGAAACCUGAGCACGAUUGGUUCAAAGUGCAACUCCGACGACUCAACGCUUUGCCGCCUGAGCUGGCAGAGCAACUUCGUGACUCUCAUCCACUCAUCGCAGAAGCUGCCAGGAGGUCGGAACAGAAGGAGAAUGGUACAAAAGCCAGGCAAUGCGAAAAAAGAGUCGCUGCCAUUCUGAGGGGCCCUGGCUGUCAUUUGCCAAGUUGUGGUGUGAAUCUCUCUGUGCCAUGGUGUGUUUGU